UGUUGGAAAUGAUUAAAUUAAGUCGAGUGUGUUUUUUUUGUUUUACUACGACUGAAUUUGUUGAUGCACCGAUAUUCAACGUGACCUAAGACAGAGGAGCGAACGGUACGAGCUUGCUAAGAGUGUUCUCUAACUGGAACUAGAGCAUGUGUUGGAACAUUUCUGUCACUGCGUUAACAGGUUAAUGAGCCAGCUUCAGCCAGUCUGUGUAUCAGCAUUCAUCUGGUUUUAACUUUACAGCCCAUGAUGUUUGUCAGGGUUCACAGUGUGGCUGUGCUGAGGAGGUUUCUCCCUCCAGCUUCUACACUUGUGAAAUAUCAUGUCACAAACCCAUCCACAUCCUGCUCAGCUGUAUGCACGAGCCGAUGUCUGAGUACCGGCUGGACGUUGAAAAAAGAGGCUCCUCAGCAUAAACCUGAGCUUGACUUGGAUGCAUGGAAAUCAGUGAUGAGAUCUCAGGCAUCACAAAAAGAGAAAGCCAAGCACAGAGAAGAAGAAACCUCAACAGCUGAAGAAGAAGAAGAAGACAACUCUCCGAUCGAGGCGAGUCGCAUGCUGGUGGACAUGUGGCGGCAAGCUGGGAAAAAAGUCCCAGAAAACAUUACAGAUGAGCACCUGGAGACGCUUGCAGAACUCACCACUAAGUCCUCCAAGAGGAAGUUCCUCAAGUACCUGGCUAUAAAAGAGGGUCAUAAGAAGGCUAACAAAGAGAAAAAGGAAAAAAAGAAGGCUGAGAGGUUGACGGAAGUGAACAAAGAGGAGGCAGGACGGACAGACGGGCUGGAAGAUGCAGAGGAGGAAGGUGAAGGAGAACCCAAACUCAGAAAUACUUAUCUGAUGCAGUUCUGGACUCGUUCUAUAGACAAAGCAUUAGGCUGGAGAGCAGCACAGGCCAUGCAGUUUGGCCAGCCUCUGGUCUAUGACAUGAGCUAUGACCAGCACAUGACGAGGCGUGAGUUGGAGAACACGAUCUCGCAGCUAAUGGAGAGUGAAGGCUGGAACCGGCGCUCUGUAGAUCCUUUCCAUUUACAUUUCUGCAACCUGCAGCCAGGCGGCGCUUACAAGCACGAGCUCCUGAAACGCUACGGCCAAGAGACAUGGGAUCGUCUUUUCAUCACCGCUACCAGCCAGCGGCAUGUAGACAUGUUUCCCAGAGAGGACCUCGUCUACCUGACCGCCGAUUCUCCUAACGUCCUCCGCACCUUUGACCACAGCAAAGUGUACAUCAUCGGAGCCAUGGUGGACCGAUCCAUCCAGAGCGGCGUUUCUCUGGCCAACGCCAAGCGCCUCAAUCUAUCCACGGCGCGCCUGCCUCUGGACGAGUUCCUGCACUGGGAAAUUGGGGCCAAGAACCUGACGCUGGACCAGAUGAUCCGCAUCAUGUUGACGGCCAAGGAGACGGGCAGCUGGGAGAAAGCUCUGGAGUUUGUGCCCAAGAGAAAGCACGAUGGCUUCCAUCAGCAAAGAACUAAAGACAGUGUACAAAGAUCAGAGAAAGCCAGUACAACAGUGAGCGCUUUCAGAGGGAACGCAGAGAAAAUAUUUGUGAGUAAACAGAGACAGAAAAACCUGAACACACGCGUUGUCCAAUCCAAACCGACGUUCAGAUCAGAAAACGAAUCCAGCAUGAGCAAACUGCGGAUCGCGCUGAGAAACAAGCUAGAGGAACGUGGUAGAGUAGAGCAUAAAAGAAACUGGUGGGAGGAAGAGUAGCUUUAGCACACUGAUGACUUCUCUUUCUACAAAUGAACUGCUCUUAUCUACUGAAUUUGAUGUUUAACAAAUAAACUCUUGAAUUAUUGCUGUUAAUGCUUCA